AUGGAUCUUACAACGCUAUUUUACAAUCUUCGAGAAGAAGUGUCUUGUUCAGUGUGCUCGGACUUAUUUACGGAUCCUAAACAUCUCUCCUGUUUGCACAGUUUCUGCUUAAAGUGUCUGAAUCGAUGGUACGAAACGUGCGGCGGCGGACAGGCCAUUAAAUGCCCGAAGUGCCAAACCCUAAGCAGAGUGCCUGCGAGCGGUGAUCUAAAAGAUCUUCCAACCAGCUUCUAUUUGAACGGCUUAAUCGAUGUUCUUGCCAUCAAAGAAUACAAGAAGACUCAAGUUACUUGCGGAAACUGCGACAAGAAGAGUUCAGAAGCUUCGUAUUGUUUCCAGUGUUGCAUAUUUUAUUGCGAGCAAUGCCUAGUUGGUCACAAUAUGAUGCGAGACAAAAAGGAACACCGCGUAUUGGCAGUGAAAGAGUUCCAAGACAAGGACUACGAGGAUGUAUUGAAGCGACCAGUGUUUUGUUCAAAGGAACGACACCAGAAAGAAGAGCUUAAAUACUACUGCAAAGAAGGCGAGACAGCUCUUUGCCAAACUUGCGUCACUUUGAAUCACGGAGGUCAUGAUUUGAGAUUAAUCGAAGAAGAAGCCGAAAGCAAAACUCUCGAAAUAAAAUCUAUCCUUCAGAUGCAAAGAGAAGGGUUAGAUGCGAAACUGAACGUAAUUGCUCAACUAGACGAGGACUGUGCUAAGCUGAUUCAACAAAGUGAAAUCGCCAGGAAAGAUGUCCAAAGGUUUGCUGAUGGCUUGAUCAAGACAAUUCAAGCAAAAAUGAAAAAUAUUAUUACCGCUGUGGAAGACCAAACGAAGAAGUCACUCGAAAUUUUAAAAGCAAAAAGAAGUGCGAUUCAGCAACAGAUAAAUGCCACCGAAUCAUCGUUGGGGGAAGCUGAUAAACUUUUAAAACGAAGCACCAGUGCGGAAGUUGUUGAACUCAAAAAAUCACUACAAACAGUUUUUCAGGAAUUGAAUCAAACCGAGCCUAUUGUUUAUGACCCCAGUAGUUUGCAAACUUUAGUUUUCGUGGAAAAUCAGAAGACGAUUGAUACCGUCAACGGGGAAGAACUUGGUUUCCUAUGCCUGGAAGAAGGUUAUCGAAAAAAACCGAGCGAAUUUUUGGCUGAAGGUGAAGGACUGACAGAAGGAACUGUUGGGCGUAAAGCUCAAUUUCAUUUGAUCACAAGAAACGGGGAGAGAAAACAGUGGUAUAAUGAACACGACCGUGUCAAGGUAGAGAUCGAGGAUGAACAAGAACGAGAAUGCGUGACCCAAGUGAAAAUAGAUGAUAACAAAAAUGGAAUCUACAAAAUCACUUAUUUUCCCAUAGUUCAGAGGACAUUCAAAUUAUUAGUUAAGGUAAACGGGGAACAUAUUUCUUGUAGUCCUUUUACUGUGAUUUUAAAACCAUUUCAAGUCAAACCUGUUUUAUCUUUUGGAAAGGAAGGCUCCGUUGAUGGAAUGUUUAAUUAUCCUUAUGGGGUGGCUGUGAGUGAUGGGGACGAAAUAGUAGUAACUGACUGCAGUAACCAUCGGGUUCAAGUGUUUGACAGUAAUGGUACUUUCUUAAGAUCCUUUGGUCACAAGGGUGAAAAUGCUGGAGAGUUAGAUAAUCCUACAGGAAUAGCCAUUGACAAGGAUAGAACUAUUUUCAUAUCAGACUGGGGUAACGAUAAAGUACAGAUCUUUAGUUGGGAGGGGAGGCAUCUGAGUUCAUUUGGCGGCAAAGGAUGGCUUGAUGGUCAGCUCUCUGGUCCUAGGGGUUUAUCUUUAGAUAGUACUGGUAAUAUUGUUGUUGCUGAUUCAUGCAACAAACAGAUUAAGGUCUUUACCCCGGAUGGUAGGUUUGUAAUGAAGAUAGGUGAACAGGGUUCUUUUAGUUUUCCUGUUCACUGUGUUCAGUGUGGUGAAUAUUUCAUAGUGUCAGACUCACAUGAACACUGUAUCAAAGUAUUUGACAGGGAGGGGCAUUUUCAGUACAAGUUUGGUAAGAAGGGGCAAGGGGACGGGGAGUUUAUUUUUCCAGGUUUUCUGUCAGUGACUCAGUCAAAGCACCUGUUGGUUUGUGAUGGAAGUAAUAGUAGAAUACAAGUCUUUGAACUAGAUGGGAAGUUUGUCGGAAAAUUCGGAACAAAUGGCAGCAAAUUAGGAGAAUUCAAUUAUCCAUUGUCGGUAGCUGUUCUAAGUAAUGAUCAAAUUGUUGUGUGCGACAAAACUAAUCAUCGAAUUCAGAUAUUUCAAUAAAAAUUGUCCUUUCUUCCCGGAGGAAAGGAGUAAACAAAUCCCUCUUUGAUUAAUAAAUGUAUUUGUCAGCUGUACAGCAGUGCUAUAAUGUUAUUGUAGGCAAGUGAAGCCACAUUUCAGUAGUCCGAGGUGAACCCGUGUGGUCUUAAAUAUAUCAAAUUAUGUACAUAACGUAAUUGUUAAAGGAAUGGGUUAACUUGAAUAUUCUUUUAAUAAAGUAUUGUAUUCGAUAAACGAUUUCUUCUUUAAUUCUUACUAAUGUUCAUUCUCAACCAAGUUACAGAAACGUGACAGUAGUAGGCUUUUUUUUAAACAGAAAUACGUUAUUGCUAAAUAUCUAUUUGUGCUUCAAUAGGCAUACUUUCGUGACCGAAAAGGUGAUGGGAAGGGAUUUGAAUUCAGCUUUUGGCGGGGAGUUGAAUGACUGAAACAAUGGAAUACUAAUUAAGAUCGACAGGUCAUCAUUUGCAUUUGCAAAUCAAUUAAAAAGUGAAAAAUUGAACGAAAACCUUACGGAUACUAGAAUAGAUUCUCAGCCUAUUGAAAAGACCAAAAAAAGAGUUAGUUUGAUAGAAGUUACCCAAAUACGGAAAACAAUACAUUUCGAAAUAUUAAGACUGCUUAACAAGUAAAGAAUGAGUCACAUCACAGGUAACCCAGGCUCCGUGAUAGUCUGUUCCAGGCGUUCAGAUAGUAGAGCGCGGGGAAAAAAAUUCACGAAGAAAAAAACGAGAGCCUCCCUCCGUUUUCCCGAUGUUCAAUUUAACUCGCUCCCCACUGACCGCAGCGCUCUAAUACCUGAACCCCUGGAACAGGCUAGGUGAGGUUACACGAGACGAUUCGCAACGACGGUUUUUAGCGCAACACAGCGUUACAACAUUUUUACGAAGUUUCAACAUUGCAACGCUGUGUUGGUCUAAAAAUCUUCGUUGCGAAUCGUACCGUUUACCAUCACCUUAAAGGUCACGAGGAAUAAAAAAUAUCAACAAAGAAAUUCUCCUCAUUGGUAUCAGAUUGGAGAGAAGUGCGGAGAAUAUGGAUACUGAUAUUAGGGCUUUUAGGGUUUAUUUACCAUUCUACUUGUGCUUAGCACUUACAUUCUAUUCCUCAAUACUUCAGUUCUAGAAAACUUUUAAUCAUCCAAGUUAAAUGAAAGUGUUGGCAUCUAUUAUUUACUUUUAAAUCAUUCUGAAUUACUAUUUACUGCUUCUUCGUGCAACAAGGAAAAAAAUUUUCUUUAAAAGCUAAAAAUUAGCCCCUCUAUUUCAUAACGAGUAAAUUACAUCUAUUUGAAAUUACACUUGAGACUGUUGCACUCACCGGAUCAAGAAUAUUCUUUUUUAUUUCCCGAAAUGCAGGCAAUAUUUUUUAAAUUUGAGUGAGGAAAUUCUAUCCUUAUUCAUACAUUGCAGUUAACAUAAUUUACACAACACAGUCUAAUAAAGCUUUUACAACUGUAUGAGGCUAGCUAUUGCUGGUUUGCAAUUGUGACGUCAUGGCGGCCAUGUUGAGGUCAAGAACAAUAGCGUUGCUAUCCGCUUCGAAAAAUCUUUUUUAUUGUAUUAACCACCAACAUGGCAAAAACUAAGAAUUGUUUUGGAGUACUUCACAUGUCAGAAACAUUCGUUUAUUCACGAGGAUACUUUUUGAUGACUAACAUGAGCCAAAAGCCUGCAUUUCUGAAUAUGCCUGGUUUGAAGUCUAUGAAAGCGAUGCUUGACAGUAAAAUUUAAACCCAAUACUUGCUUUCUCUUACCUUCGUGAUAAGAUGUCUAUUCAGCACAUAAGAAAAGGCGACAAAGAGCCUAGAAAUUAUAUUAAUUAUAUUAAAUUACAUUGACCAAUCAGGUUGUAAGGAAAACCAAAUCCAAUUCGUUGUCCGUUAAGGGUUGAGAACAUACAUUUCAGCGUUGCUUCGCAGACGUAUUAAGGUGACUCGACCCAGUUCUUUUUGGGGGGUACCAUCCUGCUUUGAAGCUCUCUGGUAUCCCCACCUUUACUUUUAUCGUAAGUCUAACACAUAGAAUGGAUAACAUAUAGAUCAAUCUACAAUAUAACAUAAAAUUUUUGGCGAUCGGAGUAAAUGUCACGUGGUUAUAAUGCCACGCCCCUUUGAGGUCUGAGUCGAAAAUCUGCUGUUGCCGGCAUUUUUUCGUGAAAAUCUCUCGGCUACACAUAGUGCGCAUUAGUGCCUUGCGCUGAACAGAGUUUCACCAAAAUCGCAAAGACCCAAUUCGAGAAAUUCAGCGGUUUCCAAAUUUAGGUCAUAAUUUAUGCGAAAAUGAUAAGCAAACUUUACACGGAUUAUAUCUAAUAAACUAUGAGAUUCAUCUCUUUAUUUUGGGCAUCGUUAUAACAGAUGGGUCCUUGCAAGUCAGCAAAACGCUUUAGGGCCUUGUAAAUGCGCGCGAUUUCGAGCAAAGCAAACAUAUAGAAAUUAUAGUUUUCGCUAUUUGUUGACGUUUGUCAGCGUUUAAGAGUCCUUCUCACGAAAAAAGCAUUUUCUUAAAAAUUCGUAGUUUUUUUUCCUUCAAAUUUUUUCAGGGCCACAAUUGAUUAACUAACUACCCGGACUCUGAAUUUCAUGGUCAUUGAAAAACUGUGACAUUAUCUUCUAUAAGCCCAAACUUGAGUAAACAUUGAAGAUUUUUAGCGUUUUGGCUGAGUUUGUGCUUUGGGAGUUGUCUAUUGUUUCUAGUCUGUCAUUAUACAGCAUUCUUGUUCAGCACGCGUGCAAUGACCGCGCUUGGCUGACUUCCGAAUGCUCACCGAGAUAUAAUAAUUUUGGUACAGUGAGACAGGCCAUCGCGUGAUACAUAGAGGUUUAAGUCACAAUUUUUAAUCAAUUCUCGUGCUUCUUGUGCCUUUGCAAAAAAAUCAAGAAGUGCUACACACUAAAUCUACUUACUAUUAAAAAAAUAUCAUUUUUUCAUAGGUUUAAUGCAAGCCAAUAAUUAAACCAACUCGUGACGGGAAUAUCUCGGUGAGCAUUCGGAAGUCAGCCAAGCGUGGUCAUUGCACGCGUGCUGAACAAGAAUGCUGUAUAAUGACAGACUAGAAACAAUAGACAACUCCCAAAGCACAAACUCAGCCAAAACGCUAAAAAUCUUCAAUGUUUACUCAAGUUUGGGCUUAUAGAAGAUAAUGUCACAGUUUUUCAAUGACCAUGAAAUUCAGAGUCCGGGUAGUUAGUUAAUCAAUUGUGGCCCUGAAAAAAUUUGAAGGAAAAAAAACUACGAAUUUUUAAGAAAAUGCUUUUUUCGUGAGAAGGACUCUUAAACGCUGACAAACGUCAACAAAUAGCGAAAACUAUAAUUUCUAUAUGUUUGCUUUGCUCGAAAUCGCGCGCAUUUACAAGGCCCUAAAGCGUUUUGCUGACUUGCAAGGACCCAUCUGUUAUAACGAUGCCCAAAAUAAAGAGAUGAAUCUCAUAGUUUAUUAGAUAUAAUCCGUGUAAAGUUUGCUUAUCAUUUUCGCAUAAAUUAUGACCUAAAUUUGGAAACCGCUGAAUUUCUCGAAUUGGGUCUUUGCGAUUUUGGUGAAACUCUGUUCAGCGCAAGGCACUAAUGCGCACUAUGUGUAGCCGCGAGAUUUUCACGAAAAAAUGCCGGCAACAGCAGAUUUUCGACUCAGACCUCAAAGGGGCGUGGUAUUAUAACCACGUGACAUUUAUUCCGAUCGCCAAAAAUUUUAUGUUAUAUUGUAGAUUGAUCUAUAUGUUAUCCAUUCUAUGUGUUAGACUUACGAUAAAAGUAAAGGCGGGGAUACCAGAGAGCUUCAAAGUAGGAUGGUACUCCCCCCAAAAAACUGGGUCGAGUCACCUUAACCGAAAUAAAACUACCAGAAUCGAGUUUUUGAAGCUGUUUAAAACACUCACAGCACCACUUGUUUAAACGUUACAUGGUCUUUUUUACUGAGCGAUUUCUUGCGCGUUUAUUUGUCGAGAGCUUGUGAUGAUCAACAUACAGUUCGUGGAACUUAACAUAGCCUGCAUUUCUGAUGAUACCGGAAUAAAAGUCUAUAAAAGCGAUGGCUCGCCAGCGAAAUUCAAACCUACUACUUUAACACAAUGAUGUUUCCUUGAUGGCAAGACGUCUAUUUUGUGCACGAGAAAACGUGACUCUCAUUUCUUUCUCAACAAAGAGUUUGUACUCAGUUGUGCUAGUCUACGUCCUUCACUGAAAAGCACUUUGACCGGGGGCCUUUUUUUAUAUUUCCCCACCCCUGGGGGUCACCUUUUGCUCCGCCCAUUUUACAAUCCCCCUGGUUUACCGGUGAUCCUACCAAAAGGGGAAGCUAAUGACAUGGGGGUAAGUGGAAUUAUGUGUAUGGAGCCUCACUUACCCUAAACAUCGGUAUCCAGCAAGAUUUUCCUUGCUUAGAGUUGUUUCUCGUGUCAACUAUGCUUCAAGCUUAGACAAGAGAGCUUUAUUCUCUCCUGGCUUAGAAUAUAUAGAUUUUUACCCUCAAUAUGAUUUAACAUUACGGUCAAUUACGUAGGUCAAGUACCAGCUCAAGAGGCGUCUAAAUUACACGACCCUCAAUAUAGGCGGGAAAGACUUUUAGUGUCAUUCACCCAACCUCUUACCGGCACGAGUAUAAUAUUCCUAAAGCUUAAUAUAUAAAGAUAAGCACAUUGCAAGAGAAAGAAUAGAUGUCAACUAAACGAAUUGAUAUCCCCAUCGACAAAAAUAAAUGGGGCGUAAAGGGGGGUCAGGGUAGUUACAACAUCCUGCUGCUGGCUUAUGCUGUGUUGUUAUCAGUGCCUAACGUGAUAAGCAUUACAAGAUUUGUAACAGAAACAAUUAUGCUGUAUAGCGGGCCCUGUUAGGGACCUUUGACACUAUCAUGAUAUAUUAUAAACUUGUAUAAAUUGUGCCAAAAUUUUGUCUGCGGAAAACAUGAACAACUUACUUAUUUUAAACCCGGUUUAAACCCUUGAGGGGAAGGGUGGGGGAUUGGUCCGUGGGUAACUAUAUAACAUGGCAAUAUAAUUCUUUCACGGACAUUUGUUUAGACCGUGUCAAGGGGGAGUUACUCCAUUAUAUUACCCAUAAAUGUAUGUGCUGCACCAAAGGGUAUGGUGUUUGAAUCGUUUUGGUCUUAAAACGGGUAUAUAACGAGUACAGUAACCCCCUCCCCUCAAACAAGAUAGAGUAGAGAGACGGGGCGGCAGUACACAGGCUAACAGAUGUUUCGCUUUUAUCUACGCCGCACUCGUACUUGAUUUAGCGUCCUUCAUAGUUAUGGCUUUCACGCAUCCUUGCUUCACAAAAGGAUUUAGUCUUCAUCUUGUUAUUCAUCAUUUUACGUCUGGUUUAGUUUUAAAAUAAUUUGCAUUUAAAAUGGCAAACUAAAGCUGGCGCGACAAGGACUGUUUCAACAGCUAUCGUGAUUGGCUCGUCGGCCUUUGUUGCCGAGAAAAGCUAAAGAUAGAAAGUCAAAAGACUUCAUUGUUGGGUAUGGAGUGCAUGGAAGGUCAGUUCGCCUUUGUUCCUAAAGCCAUCAUGGAUCUUACAACGCUAUUUUACAAUCUUCGAGAAAAAGUGUCUUGUUCGGUGUGUUCGGACUUAUUUACGGAUCCUAAACAUCUCUCCUGUCUGCACAGUUUCUGCUUAAAGUGUCUGAAUCGAUGGUACGAAACGUGUGGCGGCGGACAGGCCAUUAAAUGCCCGAAGUGCCAAACCCUAAGCAGAGUGCCUGCGAGCGGUGAUCUGACAGAUCUUCCAACCAGUUUCUAUUUGAACGGCUUAAUCGAUGUUCUUGCCAUCAAAAAAGGCAAAAAGACUCAAGUUAAAUGCGGAAACUGCGGCAAGAAGAGCUCAGAAGCUUCGUAUUGUUUCCAGUGUUGCAUAUUUUAUUGCGAGAAAUGCCUGGUUGGUCACAAUAUGAUGCGAGACCAAAAGGAACACCGCGUAUUGGCAGUAAAAGAGUUCCAAGACAGGGAUUACGAGGAUGUAUUGAAGCGACCAGUGUUUUGUUCAAAGGAACGACACCAGAAAGAAGAGCUUAAAUACUACUGCAAAGAAUGCGAAACAGCUCUUUGCCAACGUUGCGUCACUGUGAAUCACGGAGGUCAUGAUUUGAGAUUAAUAGAAGAAGAAGCCGAAAACAAAACACUCGAAAUAAAAUCUAUCCUUCAAUCGCAGAGAGACGGGUUAGAUGCAAAACUGAACGUAAUUACUCAACUAGACGAGGACUGUGCUAAAGUGAUUCAACAAAGUGAAAUCGCCAGGAGAGAUGUCCAAAGGUUUGCUGAUGACUUGAUCAAGACAAUUCAAGCAAAAAUGAAAAAUAUUAUUACUGCUGUUGAAAACCAAACGAAGAAGUCACUCGAAAGUUUAAAAGCAAAAAGAAGUGCGAUUCAGCAACAGAUGAGUGCCACCGAAUCAUCACUGGAGGAAGCUGAUAAACUUUUAAAACGAAGCACCACCGCGGAAGUUGUUCAACUCAAAAAAUCACUACAAACAAUUUUUCAGGGAUUGAAUCAAACCGAGCCUAUUGUUCAUGACCCCAGUAGUCUGCAAACUUUAGUUUUCGUGGAAAAUCAGAAGACGGUUGAUACCGUCAACGGGGAAGAACUUGGUUUCCUGUGCAUGGAAGAAGGUUAUCGAAAAAAAGCGAGCGAAUUUUUGGCUGAAGGUAAAGGACUGACAGAAGGAACUGUUGGGCGUAAAGCUCAAUUUAAUUUGAUCACAAGAAACGCGAAGAGAAAGCAGUGGUAUGAUGGAGGGAACCGUGUCACGGUAGAGAUCAAGGACGAGCAAGAACCAGAAUGCGUGACCCAAGUUAAAAUAGAUGAUAACAAAAAUGGAAUCUACAAAAUCACUUAUUUUCCCAUAGUUCAGAGGACAUUCAAAUUAUUAGCUAAGGUGAACGGGGAACAUAUUUCUUGUAGUCCUUUUACUGUGAUUUUUAAACCAUUUCAAGUCAAACCUGUUUUAUCUUUUGGAAAGGAAGGUUCGGGUGAUGGAAUGUUUACGUUUCCUUAUGGGGUGGCAGUGAGUGAUGGGGACGAAAUAGUGGUAGCUGACAGCAAUAACCAUCGGGUUCAAGUGUUUGACAGUAAUGGUACUUUCUUAAGAUCCUUUGGUCACAAAGGUGAAAAUGCUGGAGAGUUCAAAUACCCUUAUGGAAUAGCCAUUAAUAAGGAUAGACAAAUUUUCGUAGCAGACCGUUAUAACCACAGAAUACAGAUCUUUAGCUGGGAGGGGAGGCACCUGGGUUUAUUUGGCGGCAAAGGAAGCCUUGAUAGUCAGCUCUUUGCCCCUUGGGGUUUAUCCUUAGAUACUACUGGUAAUGUUAUUGUUGCUGAUUCAGAUAACAAACUGAUUAAGAUCUUUACCCCGGAUGGUAGGUUUGUAAUGAAGAUAGGUGGGCAGGGUUCUUUAAGUUAUCCUGUUCACUGUGUUCAGUGUGGUGAAUAUUUCAUAGUUUCAGACCUUCAUGAACACUGUAUCAAAGUAUUUAACAGGGAGGGGCAUUUUCAGUACAAGUUUGGUAAGCAGGGGUAUGGGGACGGGGAUUUUUAUUGUCCACGUUUUCUGUCAGUGACUCAGUCAAAGCACCUGUUGGUUUGUGAUGAGAAGAAUCGUAGAAUACAAGUCUUUGAACUAGAUGGGAAGUUUGUCGGAAAAUUUGGAACAAAUGGCAGCAAAUUAGGAGAAUUCAUUUAUCCAUUCUCGGUAGCUGUUCUAAGUAAUGAUCAAAUUGUUGUGUGCGACAAAGACAAUCAUCAAAUUCAGAUAUUUCAAUAA